AAUUAUUUGCAAUGAAGACAUGUUUAUGUACACUCUGAAUAGUAGUUUAUUGAUUGUUGGUAAUAUAUUGGCAACUGCUUUUUUUCUGAACGAUUGAUCUGAUGUAGAAAAAGUUAUAAAUUAAACAAAAAUUCAUGAUUAUUUUAAAACAAUUUUGCUCCGAAGAGAUAAAGGUGUAUCAAUUAUUACAUCGAAAAAACGGAUCAUGACUGACAAUGCGAAAUAAUUGUGUUUAGAAGCAAUUGUACCGGCUGUACAAACUAAUGAUUCUUAAAUAAUGGUGAGUGAAUAUGACAGAUCAAAUUAUAUACUUGGUAUAAUAGUGACUACGCUAUAGAAAAACUGUCUAACUGGCUAAUGAAGGAUUUAAACUGGAAUAAAAUAUAUCUGAAUCAAAAUAUAGCAAGAAGAAUUACAAGUUAUUUGAAAUUUGGCGCCUGUUAUGCAUGUGACAUAUGUUGCCAACAAUCAUAAUUGUAAUUUUCACCUUCGAAUAACUAGUGUUGCAAAGCCGGCUAAAUAAGUAAAACGUUUUUAACGAAAAGCCGAUGGACUUUGUGGGACGGAGAAAGAUUUUUUUUGUUAUGAUGAGUGUAUAUGUUUGUGUUUAUGUGCGUACUCCCUGUUCCGGAAUGUGUUGCAAGCCUCGACAAGUCUAGCGCGUGUGGGAGUGGGUUUAAUAAUUAAAAUCGCAGUAGCACAACGCGCCGGGUCAGUCCAGUGAGCACGUUACAUGCUACUUUUUGUUGCGGAUCGGUCGGUGCAAAUCCACCAAUAGGAUAAAAAGGCCAUUUCUCCACGUGGAUUUGCGUUAAUAGCAGCGGUGGCCAUGGACGGCGUAAGAGCGUUGGACAUUUUGCCACUGCUGCAAGAACGUUUCGCGCUCCUCUCUGGUGGACGGGAUAAUCGAGGAGGUCCAAUUAUUUGCUUCCCAGCCACCACUAAGCGAGAACGAGUGAAACCGGAAGACAUAAAACGUGUCAUUAGCUAUUUCAUCGGAAUACCGGGCGAUGAUUGUAAAAAGCAAGGAUUUACAAUAAUUAUUGACAUGCGUGGCAACAGCAAUACGGCUGCUAGUGCAAAAAUGAUCCUCAAAGUGCUUCAAGAGAAUUUUGGAUCGGACAUCAUUCACCAAGCCGUCAUUAUAAAACCAGAUAAUUUCUGGCAAAAGCAGCGUUCCUCAAUUGCCAGCAAUAAGUAUAAGUUCGAGACUACAACUAUCUCAAUACAAUCGCUUAAUAAGGUAGUCGAACCUUCCCAGUUAACGUCAGAUUUUGAUGGUUUUCUGUACUAUGAUCAUAACAUGUGGAUGGAUCUACGAGUCGCAUUCGAAGAUUUUCUUUGGCAAGCAAGUGAUAUUCUUGACCGAAUCGACGAUUUGCAAGAGGAUCUACAACAUUCGGACUUUCCGGAAGAUGCCAAUAGUGUCAACUAUAGUAGCGAAAACCACAACGAAAUGAGACGUAAAAUUUUAAAAUUACCUAUCGAAGACCUGGACCUAUUGGGACAGAAAUUGUUAGGCAAAUUCACUUCAUACUCCAAUCGGAACGAUGAAAGCUGCCAUUCAACUUCAUCACCAUCGAAAUGUCACAACCCAGACAUUUCCGCGGCGCUAAACCAGGUUUUACAACAAUUAGAAACUGCCCGGAACGCUCAGCAACAGCUUUUGAAUAUGUGGCAACAUCGGAAGACUACAUUGGAUCAAUGCUUUCAGUUGCGAUUAUUCGAACAGGACUGCGAACGCAUGUUCAAUUGGUUUCUACAUAAUCGGGAUGUAUUUCAACAAACAUACAUCGAGAUUGGACAUAAUCACAAGCAAGCAAACAAAGUGCAAGAGGAUCACCAGGAACGCUUUGUAAUGCCUUCGCGAAACGUUCCAGAUAACACUAGCAGGAUAUUGGUUGUUGCUGGAAAACUCAUCGAGAGUAAUCACUACGCAGCGCAACAUAUUCGUACAUUAGCGACCAGGUUGGACAAAACAUGCAAAGACUUUAUGACCAUGCUGGACGAACGGACAGCAGUGUUAUCGCUUUCGGUAGUGUUUCAUCACAAGGCUGAACAGUACACCGAAAGCGUUAGUAGUUGGGCAGCAGCGUGUGAAGCAACUAUUCCAACUCCAACUAGCGUUGAAAGUCUGGAAACAGCGAUUCGAACCCAUCAGUCAUUGUAUGAAGCAAUGUGUCAAGCGUACACAGAGGUUCAUUCAACUAGCAAAAAACUCUUGUAUCAACUUGAUCAUCUUGUGCAAGUCUGCAAUCAACCGCCUGCAGUUAACACACGAAGAAAUGAUAAUACUCAAUUCAACGGAGGUAACCCGGCUGCUGACUACAGCAGAGGUGCAUCUCACGUACUGACUGUUAUCCAUCAAAUUCUUGGACAUCACCAGCAACUAGAAAUUAAAUGGCACGCUGGUAAACUCAGGCUUCAUCAGAAACUAGCUCUUCGAUUGUUUCAAGAGGAUGUAAAACAAGUACUUGAUUGGUUACAAAAUCAUGGCGACGUAUUUCUUCGAAAAAAUCGAGGCAUUGGUAAAAGUUUACAAAAGGCUCGUAUUUACCAGACUAGCCAUGAGCAUUUUGAGAAUGUGGCUCAAAACACAUAUCGAAAUGCAGAAAAAUUGCUUGCAGCUGCAAAAGAACUGGCACGUUCUGGUGAAGUAGCUCCCCAGGAAAUAUACUCGGUUGUAAGAGAGCUAGAAACUAACGUGGCUUCGUUUGCGGAACGUGUUGAACAAAGACGGAGGCGAUUAGAUUUGGCGGUAUUGUUUUAUACGAAUGAAAAGAAAAUUUCUGCAUGGUUAGAACAGUUACAUGCGGAAGUGUCUAACGAAGAGUCCAUGGAAUUAGCGAAUGAACACUUGGACGGAACAGAACGAAUGCUCGAACAAUGUAAGGAGCAGGAAGAGAAUACCCUUAAAACCUGCAUACAAGCUAUUGCUCAAGGGGAAGCUCUUCUGCAAGAACUGGGUGCUAUUGAGGAGGACGAUUCUGCCGGGUCAUUAACUGCCGUUCAAAAUGCUUUGGAUCGUAUUCAAAAAAAUCGUUUGGAUUUGGAAAAUCUUUGGCAGACACGAAAAAUGAAAAUUGAUAUGUAUCUCCGACUAAGAAUGUUCGAACGAGAUGCAUUGGAAGUUUGUUCUCAGUUAGAGAUGUGGGCAGAAGAAUUGCAGCACACCGAUGUGUCGUGCGAUUUCCAAAAAACAGAACAAGUUUUAAGGCUUCAUAAUGAAUCAGUUAGUCAAAUGCAAACCACUACCUACCAAAUGAUAAAUACUGGACAAGAAUUGAUGCAACUGUUCGAAUCUUCCGGAGUAUUAUUAAUGGCUGAUCCGCAUACAACAGCUCAGACUAGGGUUCAGUAUUUGCUAGAAUUUCUGCAUGAGCGAGAACUAGACCUUGAGGAUCUAGCCGAGGCAAAACGAAUUAAGUUGGAACAGUCAAUGCAGUUGUGUCACUUCCAAAACGAUGCAAACCAAGUAAUUUCUUGGAUCCGCAAUGGUGAGGCCAUGUUGAUGGCAAAUUUUUCGAUUCCAAACAGCUACCAAGAAGCAGAACAACUAAGGAAACAACACGAUCAGUUCCAAGUCGCCAUCGAACGAACUCAUACGUCCGCAGUACAAGUGAAGUAUCGUGCUGAUGCACUUAUGAAUGCUAAUCAUUAUGAUCCGCAAAGUAUAAAAGAUAUUGCAGAUGAAGUCACUAAAAAGUGGCAAAAACUAGUCACAUGUGCCGAGGAACGUCAUAAGCUUGUAACGGCCUCGUUAAACUUUUUCAAAACAGCAGAACAAGUCUGUAGUGUUUUGGAUAGUUUAGAAAAAGAGUACCGCAGGGAAGAAGAUUGGUGUGGAGGAGGAGGCUCCACUGAUAAGGGACAGCAAAUUGUACAGUUAAUCUCGAAACAUCAAGAGCAGAAAGAAGCUUUUCUUAAAGCAUGUACAUUGGCCCGGCGGACAGCGGAAACAUUCCUAAAAUAUGCGGCUCGUUCUCUGCAGUUUUAUCAUAUUAAGAGCACUGUUAAUAGCGAAUCACGCGUGAAGGCAAUUUUAGAUAAACUGUUAACUCAAGAAACGCAGGUUUUAGAGUAUUGGACUCAACGAAAGAAGCGACUGGAUCAAUGUCAGCAAUUUGUUUUAUUCGAACGAUCAGCCAAACAAGCGAUCGAAUGGAUCCAUGACACUGGUGAAGCCUAUUUGUCAUCAAGAAACAAUAAGCUCUGUAGUAGUCGUGAAGAAACAGAGGUACUCCUACGGGAGCAUAAUGAGUUUAAGGGAACUGCUAAGGAAACACGCGAACGCGUCAAACUGCUUAUUCAAUUGGCAGACUCCCUGGUGGAGAAAGGUCACGCGCAUGCUAGUUCAAUAAAGCAAUGGGUAGCUACGGUUGAUAAUCGCUAUAAAGACUUUAGCAGUCGUAUGGAAAUUUAUCGGACUAAUUUGGAGAAAUCGUUAGGCCUACCUGGUAUUCAGCAACAAGAUGACAAUAAUAGUAUUAGUAGUAGUAAUAACAGUAGCAACAGUAGUCUUAACUGUAAGUCCAUUUCCUCUUCGAUGACGUCCGUGUCUACUGCAUCGACAAGCGGUGUAUCGUCUGCUUCUUCCACCACGGCCAAUACUUCAGUACUCGAAUACCGUCACUCAGAUCCAUCACUAGAAACUAAACUUAAUGCAGCAGCUGCUAGCGCCGUAUCAGUUGGGGUUCCUAAGGAGAUGAAUGAGGAAAAACGGAAAUCUGCUCGAAAAAAAGAAUUUAUUAUGGCAGAACUAUUACAAACUGAACGGACAUACGUGAAGGAUCUGGAAACAUGCAUUAAUGUUUUUGUUAGUGAGCUAAAAAGUGGCGUGAAUGUUCCUCCUAACCUUGUUGGCAAGGAGCAUAUUCUAUUCAGUAAUAUUGUAGACAUUCACCAGUUCCACGAGAAAAUUUUCUUGAAAGAGCUGGAGAAAUAUGAAACAAUGCCAGAAGAUGUAGGCCAUUGCUUCGUUACAUGGGCAGCGAAAUUUGAUAUGUAUGUUUUUUACUGCCAGAAUAAACCACAAUCUAACGAUUAUAUGGUACAGUACGGUGGAACAUAUUUCGAAGAAGUUCAACGGAAACACAAGCUCGAACAUUCGCUACCUGCUUUUCUGAUUAAACCGGUACAGCGAAUUACGAAAUACCAACUGUUAUUAAAGGAUUUACAAUCUUGUUGCGAUGAAGGGCAGGGUGAAAUUAAAGAUGGCCUUGAAGUGAUGUUGAACGUACCAAAGAAGGCCAACGACGUAAUGCACCUGUCGCUGCUGGAAGGGUGUGAUAUUCCGAUUGAUAAUCUGGGUGAUGUUGUGCUGCAAGAUUCGUUUUUGGUAUGGGAUAACAAGCAAAUUCUCAUAAAGAAAGGACGAGAGAGGCAUGUUUUCCUAUUUGAGUUGUAUAUACUGUUCUCCAAAGAAGUCAAAGAUACCAGUGGAACAGUAAAAUACAUUUACAAGAGCAAGUUGUUAACGUCUGAUUUUGGUGUCACCGAACAUAUUGAAGGAGACGAAUGUAAAUUCGCCAUUUGGACCGGCCGCGCACCCAUGUUAUCCGAUUACCGAAUCGUAUUGAAAGCAACUAGUCUUGAAACGAAACAGAUGUGGGUUAAGCGACUACGUGAAGUAAUACAAGAAACAUAUUUUUCUGGUACUUCGUUCUCGCUGCUAAAGUCUCCAGCAAAGGUAGGCAGUAAACAGUUAGGCCAGCGUCUCUCGAAAGAUAUUGACGAUACUCUGAACGAUAACGAUCAAGACGGAAGCUCCUUGGCUAGUUUUGGCUCGGGAAAUACCACCGACAGUGAAAAGGGUGGCUUGGCAGAAGUAACGUGGGUGAUAGCUGAUUAUGCUGCAACCCAAGGAACAUCAGAACUGACUGUUACUAAGGGAGCCCAAGUGGAGAUUGUCGAUAUGAACUGUACUGCAGCACCCGAGUUUUGUUUAGUACGGCUACCGAUCAACUCGACCGAUAGUCAAGAGGGUCUAGUACCAGUUUCGGUUCUUAAACCGCUGCCUUCAUCACAAAGCAAGCUAAACAGUAAACAGCGCGACGCCGACGCACUGGGAGAGGUUCCUCAGGAAAAUGACUGCAUUUUAUCAAAUCAACAUACAUCACCUGUCAAUAAACGAAAGGGUUUCAGUGGGAAAAAAUGGUUACCGACUCAACUGAGGAAACUGUCUCACGGCAAAUCGGAUAAACUUCCACCAGUGGACAAAUCACUAAUCAGCAAGAAAGGGUCUGAUAAAAAGCCUAAGGAUAAACCGCCAGAAGAAGUGGAACCAUCUACCACCAUCUCACAGAAUGAGUUCGAAGCCGAUGAAGAGCCAACUAUUGAACUACCACCACCAAUGAAACCAAUCCAGGAUGCAGCAACUGCACUAACUGGUUCACCAUCCUCCACUCUAGCUGCUACAGAAGACCAGUCUUGUGCCAGCACCAAAAUAACCAAGGCUUUAUCCCUGAAGUCACUAGAAGAACCGUCUACCGCAGUGAAUCAGACGGCAGAUAUGGCCGAAAUUGAGCGAAUAGUAAAGGAGAAAGUUCAAAGUUUCCGAUAUUUGGAAAAUGACCCUAGCGCACUCAACAGUGUUGGAGAGGGACAGAGCAAUGCAGGAGUCGGCAUAGGUCAACUAGAUAAUACUACUAUAGGUAUGUCACUAGUAAGCAACGGAGGAAGCAGUAGCAGUACAGUCAUGAUGAGCGGCUUAGCUUUCGGGAAGCCGGCGAUUUCUCCGCAAUUUUCUGAAAGUGAGAACAAUGACGAGAAUCUGACUGACGAGCAGGGCCUUGACGACAUUUUACGAAAACGAAUGUUUGCUCUGCGGGAAUUAAUCGCCACCGAGGAGGCUUACGUGAAUGAUCUCUCACAAAUCGUUAAUGGCUACAUUGCAGAGAUACGAAAUCCAAAUAGUGUUGUUCCAAUCCCAGAGGACCUUAAAGGAGGCAAAGAGCGAAUGGUGUUUGGCAACAUAGAGGCAAUCUACGAAUGGCACAGAGACCAUUUUUUAAAGUCGCUACAGAAGUGUCUGUUAAACCCUCAUGAGCUAGGCCCAUUGAUAAAGCGUAGCGAACGCAAGUUGCACAUGUAUGUUGUAUACUGUCAGAAUAAACCAGUUUCAGAGCAUAUUGUACAAGAACAUAUGAAUUAUUUUGAUGAAUUACGCUUAAAAUUGAAAUACAAAUUAUGUUUAGGAGAUAUGCUCAUUAAACCUGUCCAAAGAAUAAUGAAGUACGAGUUACUGUUGAAAGAUAUCCUCAAACAUACUCAGAGGGCCGGUCUCACCGAGGAGAUACCUGGAUUGAAAGAUGCAAUGCAUAUAAUGCGCGUAGUUCCUAAGGCUGCCAAUGACAUGAUGGAUGUUGGGCGGUUGCAAAAAUUCGAGCUAUUUCAGGGUAAGAUUACUGCACAGGGGAAACUAUUGCUACACGGUCCGCUUCACUGUGUCGAAGGUGCCAGCAGUAGUGAUAAAAACUCUUACAACACGCAAAAACCGAAGGAACUUCAUGUGUUUCUGUUUGAGCAAAAUAUAAUUUUUGCGGAGAUUGUCGGCAAAAAAACUCAGUUCACUAGUCCGAGUUACAUCUACAAGGCACAUAUACAGGUCAACAAAAUGACUCUGCAGGAUUUGUCAGACCAAACCAAUGGAAAUCGGUUUUCGCUUUGCUCAAUCGAUCCGCAACGGUCCAGUCUCAGUUUCAUUUGCACUGCACCAACGAUCGAGCUGCACAACGAGUGGCUCAAUACCAUACGCAACAUUCUGCAGACGCAGAACGAUUUUCUGAAAGCAAUACAAAGUCCCAUCGCCUACCAAAAGGAGUUGACAAAAGACUCAUAAACGAACGGAAUCAAGUCGCCGAACUGGUUAGAAGCACAUGCUGGAAAAAGUGCUUAAUUUUUUUUUUUACGUUGAAGCAAAAUCUUAUACUUAUUUUGGAUGGCGACAAUGGUGAAACCAUGUCUUAAUUCAACAGUAUGUAGACUUCAAUUUCUGGUUACAGCUCAUGUCGAUGACAUCACAUUGUGAAAAUCAAAUCAGUUUUAUGUACGGAAACCAGUAAAUUUUAGGUAAUCCAAUAAAUAUAAAUAAUUUGUAAUUAAAUAUA